CCCCCGGAGCCGGAUCGCCUCAGCCCGGCUGUCCGCCUCAUUCGCUGAUCAGGUCCAUGAAUUGUCAGCGCGCUCCAGGCAGCUGCUGAGUCCGGGCGGCCGCCCGGCUUGUCUGCUCCCUCCGAGGUGCCUUCCCGAGCCAAUGUGCUCCGGUCGGCUACGGCUAGAGCUGUCGCCGGUUCGGGGCAACUUGGGAUUCAGGACCCGCAGCAGGGGAGUCGGUUUGCUAUCGGGACUCGGCGACAAGGAUGGAAAUCCUGUAUGAAUGUGGAAGACAUUAGCAGAGUAAUUGCUGUCUGUUACCAUGACAACCAGCCGCUGCAGUCACCUGCCCGAAGUGCUGCCCGACUGCACCAGCUCAGCCGCACCCGUGGUGAAGACCGUGGAGGACUGUGGCAGCCUAGUGAAUGGGCAGCCUCAGUAUGUCAUGCAAGUUUCAGCCAAGGACGGGCAGCUGCUGUCAACAGUAGUGCGGACACUCGCCACCCAGAGCCCCUUCAAUGACCGGCCGAUGUGCAGGAUCUGCCACGAGGGCAGCAGCCAAGAGGACUUGCUCUCUCCAUGUGAAUGUACAGGGACCUUGGGGACAAUUCAUCGGAGCUGCCUGGAGCACUGGCUGUCAUCCUCAAACACCAGCUACUGUGAACUCUGCCACUUCAAGUUUGCAGUCGAGCGCAAACCCAGGCCGUUAGUGGAGUGGCUCAGAAACCCAGGCCCCCAGCACGAGAAGCGGACUCUGUUCGGAGACAUGGUGUGCUUCCUGUUCAUAACUCCGCUGGCCACCAUCUCGGGCUGGCUUUGCCUGCGGGGCGCCGUGGACCACCUGCACUUUAGCAGUCGGCUCGAAGCCGUCGGACUGAUUGCACUCACUGUUGCACUCUUCACUAUUUACCUCUUUUGGACACUAGUGUCCUUUAGGUACCACUGUCGAUUGUACAACGAAUGGCGUCGGACCAAUCAGAGGGUGAUUCUCCUCAUUCCAAAGUCUGUCAACAUACCUUCCAACCAGCAGUCCUUGCUGGGCCUCCACUCUGUCAAGAGGAACUCAAAGGAGACAAUUGUUUGACAUCUGUGUGGUUGGUUGGUUGAUUCGUUGUUUGGGGUUUGGAAGUUUCUGCACUGGGGCUCUGCGCUGAGCCAUCCCCAAACCCGUCCUCAAGCCCGUGGGUCGAAGAACAUCCAGAGCCAUGUUAUCCCAUCGCCCUGAGCAACGGACUCCACCUGAAGGACGCAAAUGCUGUUUGACUUCAAAUGAUGGAUGCUGCAAUCAUAUAUUUGCUAAGCUGCCAAACAUGUCUAUUUAGCAGAUACUGUAUGGAAUUUUCUCAACACCUCUUUAACACAUGAGGAAGGUUGUCCUGCUAAAGAUGCAAUUCUUCCUUUUUUAUUACUAUUUCAAAUAUAUAUAUAUAUAUAUAUAUAUAAAAUUUAGAUAAUAAUCAAAAUUGAAAAGCCAGUGUUAAAAGUGGUUUCAUGGUUUGGAUGCGUUUUGUUUGGGCUCGUUGGUUGCUUCCCAGUUUCUACUGUAGAUUCUUUGGGUCAUUUGAUAGCUUGAGUGGUCUUUUCCAUGUCCCUUACUCAAGAGGACAGCAGAACAACUGCAGAACAAGUCAUAUUUGAAGGAUGUUUUGUACUAAACUUCAUUUAAUUAUUCAGUUUUUAAAGGAAAAAAAAAAAGCAUAGCAACUCUCCUCACAGUGAGAUGUUUAUUUAAAUUUCAUUAAGGGGGAAAAAACUUAUGGUGAGAAGCACGCUCCUUUCAACCUGUUUGGUACUGACAGCUGAUAGAAGCUAUUUUCUAAUAAUAAAUAUCCAGUGUGUGAAAGACAAAC